ACUAUUUUCCUUUAUUUUAUUUUAAAUUCGAAUCUUCACAUAUUUAUUGAUAUUUAAUUCGUUCAUUAUUUUUAAAUUUAAUUGAUUCGAUUCAAUUAAAAUUUAACAAAUAUUACACAUCGCGAAGAUUCUAUAUAUUAUGAUUAAAUCCUAUGAUAAUUAUUCUCCUCCACAUUCUUACUCUGAUUAUGAAGAAUCACUAACCGAAUCAAUUCAUCAAUCACUGGAAAAUGACUAUUCUUACUUGGAUUUUUACAAUGAGAGUGAUAAGGAAUUGUCAUCUGAACACAUAAAAUUGUUGUCUUUGAAUCAUUAUAUUAAUCAUUAUUUGACAUAUAUUGUUGAAGAUGAGCUUGUCUUCUUCUUAUUCCAGGCUGAACUUUUUUUAAAUUUGAGAAGGUAUACUAACUCACUUUCAGCUUGUUUUUGCUUCGAGGCCUUCGGCGGUUCUUCCGUUGUAUCAAAAUGUAUAUCACUAGUAGAUUUGUAUCAAAUGAAUUAUACAAAAAAUUUCAAAAAUUUAAAAGAGGAAAUAACGAAGUUGAAGCUAGACAACAUUUCACAGACCCUUCGUAAAAACGUUGUAGGUACAAUACAAGUAUCAGCUCUCAUUCCAGAUUUUGUAAACUGUAUUAAUAAUUUGAAAAAUCGGAAAAAACAAUGAAUUUAUGUUAUAAAAACUCAGUAUAUAUUAUUAAAAUGUUGAGUAUUAAUAGAGUUGAGUAAGUCUUAUUCUCUAAGCGCAAAAAACUAAUGAAAUAAACAUAAAUUAUUAAAGAAAUUCUCUUGAAAAGUAUGAAAACUGAUGAUAACUGAUAAAAUAAUUAAAUCUAUAGAACAAUAAUAGAACUGACGGGAUCAAUAUUUUAAGAAAUUAAAAAGUGAUUAAGUAAUUAUAUUUAUUUUUAAUUUGUGAAUAAUGAAGAUUUUUAAUGUACUAAUAACAAUUAUAUACUAAAUUCUCGAAAAAAGAUUUCUCGAGUAAUAUGGGGGAGAAUUGGAAGAAAGAACAUUAAAAAAAUAACAUAAAUCACUUCAAAUCUAAUGUAAUCUUAUUAAUUAUAAGUGAAUUAUAUAUAAAUUAAUAUAAAAAUAAAUGGAAGAAGAUGAUAACUGUACGAUUCGUAAAUAUGAGAAUACGAUGAACAAGUCAGAUAAGAUCUGAAAAUGAUUAACGGAUAGAUCUAAAUCUUAUAUCUAAAU